AGUAGAACAAGAAACUAGUCACUUCGUUCGUUCACACUUUCUUUUUCUCACACUUUCCUUGUUUCACUGUCUUCCACUCCACUCAGUAACUAACUAGUGGAAGCUCUCACAGUCGCGGCGGCUAGGGAUGGCCGAGGGAAGAGGCUCCACUCUCGUCCACCUUUUGGCGGUGGUUUUGUGCUUGGUUGCAUUUGGUUUCGCCGUUGCCGCCGAGCGAAGACGAAGCGUCGGAACUAUGUACCAAGUUGAAGGGAAAAAUGAAACAUACUGUGUCUACAGUUCAGAUGUUGCAACUGGUUAUGGAGUGGGAGCUUUUCUGUUUCUUCUUUCAAGUGAAUCGCUGCUUAUGGGAGUAACAAAAUGCAUGUGCUUCGGCAGGCCUUUAACACCUGGGGGAAAUCGAGCGUGGUCCAUUAUAUAUUUUAUGUCUUCUUGGGCCACUUUUCUGGUCGCAGAGUCAUGUUUGAUAGCAGGUGCAACGAAGAAUGCCUAUCACACCAAAUACCGGGGAAUGAUUUAUGCGCAGAACUUCUCCUGUGAAUCCUUGAGGAAAGGUAUCUUCGUUACUGCAGCAGUUUUCAUUGUUGCGACCAUGAUUCUUAACGUAUACUACUACAUGUACUUCACAAAGGCAACAACUACACCACUUUCUCAGAAGGCAAAUCGGGUGAGCUCCACAGUUGGAAUGACAGGAUAUGCAUGAUGGGCGAUGGACGAAAUGUUAACAGAUUUAGAAUCUCCAAUCUUCAUUUCAACGAAUGUCUCUAGGGUCGUCAGUACUUUGAAAAACUGUGGUGUUGAGUUUGUUUUUACUUGGUUAACUAGUGUUGUUCCAGUGGAUAUUACUGGUCAGGGGCAGGCUAUAGCUAUAUAUAUAUAUCAAAGGAGUAGGUAAAAAGGGUCUUUUAAGUAGUAAUUUGGUGGAAGCAUGUUAUCAGUUUUUAGGUAAACAUCAUCAUAUUGGAGGUGUGUAAAAUGUUUCAGCCUAUGUUUCAGCAAUAUGAAAUGCAUGAAAAUUACGGAACCCCAUA